GACUUUGCCGUGUCAAGAUGGUUGGGAACACGAUAAGAGUCAACUGAAGUCAUCCAUCAUACAAGAUUGGGAUCUAGUAUGUGAAAAGAAAAACUUGCCCGACUACGCUCAAUCUGUGUUUUACUUUGGUUAUAUGGUUGGAUCUAUCUUCUUUGGGGUCCUUGCAGACAAAAUUGGGCGAUAUCCUACUUUGUUCAUUUGCCUCGGUGUCCAGGCUGGUGUAGGUGUACUCGUCGCUUUCUCACCUAACUACUGGGUGUAUAUUGUCCUUCGAUUCUUCCAAGCGGCUGGCAACAAGGCUGUUUUACAAGUUGCAUUCAUCAUAGGUGUUGAGUUUGUAGGACCAAAAUGGCGGACGGUGGCCGGUAUUACCAUCCAGAUUUUCUUCGCCUUCGCCUACAUGCUUCUUGCUAUCAUCGCAUACUUUGUCCGGUAUUGGAGGACUCUGCAGCUUAUCAUCUCUGCUCCACUGUUCCUUUUCUUCCUGCUCAUGCCCUUCGUACCAGAAUCAGCUCGCUGGCUUCUGUCUCAUGGUGAUAGCAAGAAAGCCGAGAAGAUUAUUCAGAAAGUCGCCAAGGUCAAUAAAAGAAAACUACCUGAUCCGCUCUUCACAGAAGAAGAAAUAAAAGAACAGGAAGCCGUUAGUUUAGAGCCAAAAGCUGGCAUCUUCGAUCUCUUCCGAACACCCGUACUCCGUUGGAGAACCAUCAACUUCAUUUAUAACUGGAUGGUUAAUAAUAUGGUGUACUAUGGAUUGACGUAUAGUACUGGUGACCUCGGGGUCAAUGUCUACCUGAACUUCUUCCUGUCUGGAGCAGUCGAGAUCGUCGGUUACCUCUGUGCCAUAUUCGCCAUCGAAUUCUUUGGUCGUCGCCCUAGUAUUGCUACUUUCCUUUUUAUUGGUGGAUCUGCAUGUCUCAUCAACAUUGGUCUACCCAUUGGUACCUGGAACACAGUGGUUGCCCUGACAGGGAAGUCAUCAAUAUCGGCUUCCUAUGCCAUAGUCUACGUUUACUCAGCAGAGUGUUUCCCAACGCCUGUCAGGAGCAUCGGUGUCGGGACCUGUUCCAUGAUGGCACGCGUGGGGGCCAUCAUCUCACCCUUGAUUCUCAUCCUGGGGGACUACUAUUACCCCGCCCCUCUCAUCAUCUUUGGCACCACCACCAUCUUGGCUGGUUUCCUCUCCUUCCUCCUCCCCGAGACGCGCGGCAAAAAACUUCCCGAAACCGUCGAGGAAGGGGAGAUUUUCGGAACGAAAGUAUACGAUGACAAGAUAGCAGCUGACGAGGCCAAGAAGAAGGAAAGAGAUGACAUCACUGAAAUACCACUCGAUGACGUCACUGAAAUACCACUCGAUGACAUUAACGAUGGAAAAGCACACACGAACGAAGCUUUUGAAUCUGAUAAUCGUGUUUAGACGCCGACGUGUGAUGCCCGUUAUACAUGGGGGAUCAUUUUUGUUGACGUAGGCCGGCUAUGUCAGAGACAGGCGAAUAGUCUUUGACGCCCUAAUUUGAGAAUGAAAUGACAUAAUGAUGAUGA